GACUUGCUGGCGUGGAGCGGAGCCGUGCGCAGGCGCGGCGCGGGUGGGAAGCUGGGGGAGGGAUGCGGGGGCUGGCGCGGCCCAGCGUUUGUUUGUUUUGUGGGUGGUGCGUGUGCAGCCCGGGAAAAGCUGGAAAUGGCGGCGCCGAGCGGGAGGUCGCAGUCCUCCCUGCACAGGAAGGGGCUGAUGGCGGCUGACCGGAGGAGCAGGAUUUUGGCAGUGUGUGGAAUGCAUCCUGACCACCAGGAAACUCUGAAAAAGAAUCGAGUGGUGCUGGCCAAGCAGCUGCUGCUGAGCGAGCUGUUAGAACAUCUCCUAGAGAAGGACAUUAUCACUUUGGAAAUGAGAGAGCUCAUCCAGGCCAAAGGGGGCAGUUUCAGCCAGAAUGUGGAACUCCUCAACCUGCUGCCAAAGAGAGGACCCCAGGCUUUUGACGCCUUCUGUGAAGCCCUGCGGGAGACCAGGCAGGGUCACUUGGAAGACUUACUGCUCACAACCCUCUCAGAUAUUCAGCACGUACUCCCACGGUUGAGCUGUGACUAUGACUCAAGUCUCCCUAUCUCGGUGUGUGAGUCCUGCCCUCCUCACAAGCAGCUCCGCCUAUCCACAGAUGCUACGGAACACUCCUUAGAUAAUGGCGAUGGUCCCCCCUGUCUUCUGGUGAAGCCAUGCACUCCUGAGUUUUACCAGGCACACUACCAGCUGGCCUAUAGGUUGCAGUCUCAGCCUCGUGGCUUGGCACUGGUGUUGAGCAAUGUGCACUUCACUGGAGAGAAAGACCUGGAAUUUCGCUCUGGAGGGGAUGUGGACCACACUACUCUAGUCACCCUCUUCAAGCUUUUGGGCUACAAUGUCCAUGUGCUACAUGACCAGACUGCACAGGAAAUGCAAGAGAAACUUCAGAAUUUUGCACAGUUACCUGCACACCGGGUCACAGACUCCUGCGUAGUGGCACUCCUCUCACAUGGUGUGGAAGGUGGCAUCUACGGUGUAGAUGGCAAACUGCUUCAGCUCCAAGAGGUUUUUCGACUUUUUGACAAUGCUAACUGUCCAAGUCUACAGAACAAGCCAAAAAUGUUCUUCAUCCAAGCAUGUCGUGGAGAUGAGACAGAUAGAGGGGUCGACCAGCAAGAUGGAAAGAACCACACACAAUCCCCUGGAUGUGAGGAGAGUGAUGCUGGCAAAGAGGAGUUGAUGAAGAUGAGACUGCCUACUCGCUCAGACAUGAUAUGUGGCUAUGCUUGCCUUAAAGGUAAUGCUGCCAUGCGGAACACCAAACGGGGUUCCUGGUACAUUGAGGCCCUCACUCAGGUGUUCUCCGAAAGAGCUUGUGACAUGCACGUGGCCGACAUGCUUGUUAAGGUGAAUGCCCUUAUCAAGGAGCGUGAAGGCUAUGCCCCUGGCACAGAAUUCCACCGAUGCAAGGAGAUGUCUGAGUACUGUAGUACUCUGUGCCGGCAGCUCUACCUGUUCCCAGGCUACCCACCCACGUGAUGCCGCCUGCUAUUCAUGCUGUUGGAGGCCACUGGACCACUGGGGACACAAUGGAGACUUCUCUUCAGAAUGGUUUUUGUUCUGUCUACCCUCUCAGGGAUGUGAGAUUCUCCCAGGCUUGUUUCCUGUCAGUCUUUGGUUGUGAAACAUAAGGAUGGCUCCUCCGGUGUGGUGUUCUCUACCUGUAGAGCCAGCUCUGAAUGGAUGUGUUGCCAGAAGCAUUUUGGCUACAGCCUAGAAAAUGACAUUGUGAACACAGUAUUAUUGUGGGAAGAGGGCAUUUGGAUUUCUCAAUGUUUGUGAUAUUUUUGUUCCCAAAGCAUCUUAGGAGUACUUGGAUCAUAGCUUUUUUUUUGUCUAAAUCAGUUAAGUAGUCUCAGAUCAUCUCCUUUUUUUUCCAUAUCUACAACCUCAUUUUUUCCACAGUGGAGAUUUGGAAGAUGUCCCAAUUUAAUGUAGGUGUUUUCAUCUGUCAUGAAGGGGCAGAUGAGACCCUACUACUUGUGAAGUUUCUAUGCAUACCCUGGAGUUCAGGCCCUAGGUGAAGGACGGACCCUCAGCCUUUCCACUGGUUCCUUUGUGUUCAGUGCACCCAGCCUUUGAACAGAGCCUAGGGUCUGCAUGCCAUGACACUGGAAGUCAUAGAAAUUUCCCGGGUCAUGCUUUGUGUGAACUGUCACUGAAUGAACCUCAUCGGGCAUAUAUACAUAAAAAUGCAGUGACAGGUGAGUGUGCUGUGUCUCAUACUAUCGCCUGUCAUCAGGAUGUCUCUCCUUCCUUACUGUGGUUUCUGCAUACACUUAAACUGUACUUGACGGCUGGCCUCCAGGGUCUCUCUUGCUUUGUACUGGUUCCCCUCUUUACCUUCACCCCAUUCACUGCUUCUGUGAAGUCGUCCUUUGUAGGAUGUUUCUUGCCACUUAAGCUGUACUGUAGUUGCUUAUUGUUUCUGCCUUCUGCCUCAGCAUAAGGCUUCUUUGGUUUUCUGCGGCAGCGCCUCCCUUCUCAUUGUUUGUCUGUGUUUUAGUGGGGAUAGUACCAUAUGUGAUAUAACCUAGAAGCACUUGUCUCUGCUCUUAUGAAACUUGCUUAUUCUUGAAAACCUUCUGCAUUUCCAUUUUUUUCCUCUCUUCCAGUUUAUUCUCCAUGUAACAGAGUAGUUUGGUUUUUAAAAUAUCUGGUGAUGUCAUUCCCUUGCUUAGAACACUAGCUUCCUGUUACACUUCAUCUAAAAUGCAAAUUCUUACCCAGCUUACGAGAUCUGGCUCAUACCUUCCCUUUGGAUCUCAUUAAAUGGCGAUUUCUCACUAUGUUCCAGCCCCUCUUAGGUCUUCAACUCAGUCUUGCAGGUGUUCUGAACUCUCCUUUGGCUAGUCUCUGAUUUUUGAGUCUGGCGGAGGCCUCUUGACCAUGCUGCCCAUGCUGUCUUCUGUGCCUCCUUAUGACGGCAUCAUGUUGGUCUCUGUUGUGCUUACUGCAGGCUGUAAUGGCACUUUUGCUUGUUUCACUUGUUCCCUCUGAGGCUGAAUGCUCCAAGAGAACGGGAACUGUGCUUCUUACUUACUGAUAUCCAGUAACUGGCACUUACUAGGUCUUCAUGAAUGUUUCCUGAGUAAAGGAAGGAGACCAGCAGCUAACCUUAGUUAGAGCCUACCUUUUGCAGUUUCUAAAUUGAUAUUAUAGUGUACAGUUCAAUUAGUAUUUGUACUCUUAUGGGUUUUUUUUCCAGGUGUUUUAUUUUUAUCCACUGUUUUGUUGUUGUUUUUUUACAUUUUUCUACAUAUCACGUGUGAGACAACUUCUUUCACAUUUCCAUGGUGCCCAGCAAAUUUGAGGCCUAUGGUAGUUGAGGUGCUCAACUAAUGUUUGUUGUAUGAACCAAGUGGUUUGAAGACUUGCUGCCAAAUUCUGCCUUUUGGGUCAGUAUAGGAUGCAUAAGUGGUAGAAUCUUCACACUUCCCACUGCCAAGAUUUUGUAUUGCCAUCAGGUGCCAAAUAAAUGUUGAUACUUAUUACUGA